AUGGAAAGGGUACAAAAACAAAAGGACGUAUUGGACUAUGAAGAUAAGAUUACCUAUUCUUCAAGAUAUUUUGAUGAUAUUUAUGAAUAUAGACACGUUAUCCUACCAUUAGAAAUUGCUAGAUGGUUACCACAUCAUGGAUUGAUGACAGAAGAAGAAUGUAGAGCAUUGGGUGUAAGCCAAUCUGUAGGUUGGCAACAUUAUAUGGUGCAUGCUCCUGAACCACACAUAUUGCUGUUUAGAAGAGAAAGAGAUUUCUUGAAGAAAUAUCCUGAAUUAGCAGAAAAGAUGAAGGAAGAGCAAGAGGCAAAGAAAAGAGAAAAGGAAGAGGAGCUGAUAAAGCCAAGGGAAAGAGAUGAGAGCAUGACAACAUUAUCAGAAAGCAGUAACGCAAAACCAGAUGCAUUUGUCCCUGAAAAGCCCUAA